AUGGAUCCAGUGCAAAAAAAGUAUAAAAAAGCUUUGAAGGUGUCCGAAAUCGUAGACUAUCUUCAAGAUAUUGAAGAUUCUAGUGAUGAGGAGUUGAAUGACAUUGAAGUUGCCAUAUUGCCGCCGGAUGAGGUAGAUGAAAUGACUGACAUAGAAGAAGGUCAUGACGACGAUAUGGGAGUUUUUCCAGUGUCUUAUGUAGCUGGUCAAGUGGAAUUUUCAUGA